AAACAGGUGGUUGAUUGGAAGUAGAAGCUGGAGAGCUCGUGCCAUUUGUAGGCGGAGAAGACGAGCCAUGGGAAGGCAAUUGAGUGAAGGGGAAGAUGUUCUCAUCAAACUGCACAUGGCGAGAGACAUAAAUUCGGCCAGUAUCACGUUGAAGACAGAGAUAGGCGCUCUGGCUGAGAGAGUGGCCAAGAAAAACGCAGGGAGUUGACCGGUUCUCAAGUUUGUGAUUGGCGUACGGUUUGAGCCAGAGGAAGCACCUACAGCCGAAGAUGCGGAGCUUGGAGUAGUUUGGCGUCUUGUUAAAUAGCUUCUGAAACGGUGAGAUCAUCUGUGUAACCGGAGACGGCAUCCGAUUGAUGAGGUAGACCGCGGUGUUGACAGCAUAGGUCCAGUAACGUUUGGACAUUCCGGCACGGGACAGUAAGGUGAGAGCAGUCUCCACGAUGUGUCUAUGUUUCCGCUCGGAAAUGCCGUUAUGUUCUGGAGUAUGAGGUGGUGAAGUGAGAUGUUCUAUGCCGUUCUGAGACAAGUACGACCGCAGUGCGAUGAACUCACCUCCGUUGUCAGAGUAGAGUGUGCCAAUCCGAGUUUGGAAGUGAUUCUCAACAAGCUCCUUGUACGCCAUAAAGGUAUCUUUAACUUGAGACUUUGUUUUUAGUGGGUAUAACCAAGUAUAACGGGUAUGAUGGUCAACUAGGAUAAGAUAGUAUUUGUAAUUGUCAAUAGAGAGAAUGGGGGAGGUCCAGACGUCUGAGAAAACGUAUUGAAGGGGACGAUGGGAGGUAAUAGUGUUUGUGGAGAAAGGCAAUUUGUGGCUUUUAUUAAUGGAACAAUCAGAACAUAAAGUAGACUUGGAUAAAGAACUAGAAUAAGGAAUAGAAGAAGUUGAAACAAUAGUUUUCAGAACAUCAAGAGAAGGGUGACCAAGGCGUAAGUGCCAUUGAUCAAGUGACGGUUUUGAAGGUGAAGCAGCAAAGAAGGAGUUGAUAGUUGAUGAAGAAACCGGCCACUCAUACAGAUCACCUUUGGUCUUGCCUUGGAGCAAUGGGAUUCCCGAGUAAAGAUCUUUCACCUGAAAGUGCGCAGGAAAAAAUUCAACAGACACUUUGUUAGUAUUACAAAGGCGAUACACGGAGAUAAGGUUUUUAUGAAUGUGAGGAACACAAAGAACAUUAUUCAAAGACAGAGGUCGGUUUAAGGCAGGAAAAGACAGUGAACCAGUAUGUGUAAUAGACAAACCAGAGCCAUCCCCAAUGAGGACAGAGUCAUCGCCAUGAUAAGGCUGGUGAAGAGCUAGGUUGUGGAGGUCGCUUGUCAUGUGAUGGGUAGCGCCACUGUCCAUUAGCCAGGCCGCUUCAGAAGGGGAAGAGACUGCUAUGUUUGCACGCGGCUGCCAAGGAGGAUAGGUCGGCUGUGCGUAUGUGUGGCUGUUGUUGCGACCUCCAAGUUGUGGACAUCUCUUUGCACUGUGACCUUGGAUCCCACACAAUUGGCAUCGCCCUUGAUAACCUCCUUGAUAGCUUCCUUGGUUUCCUCCUUGAUAGCCUCCUUGGUUUCCUCCUUGAUAGCCUCUAGGUUGCUUGUCUUUGUUUUGAGCAAACUUUGAAUUCUGGGAGUUCUUGUUCCAGGUUUGCUGUUGGCGCUGGGGAUAUUGUUGACGCCCUUGAGGUUGAUGAGAAGCUGCAUUGGCAGUGAUAGGGAGUACAGCAUUGGUGGAGCCGAGAGCAAUGAGUUUGGCCUCUCGAUUCAGUAGCUUCUCGUGGACUUCUGUGAGCGAUGGCGUCAUGUCUCGUCCUUCAAGUUGGUCUGAGAUGGAUUUGUAAUCCUCAGGAAGACCUCCAAGGAUGAACUCCAGCUGGUCUUCUCGAUCUAUGGGUUUGCCUAACAAGGCAAGUUGAUCAAACCUUGUUAUGAAUCCUUGCACAUAUUCAUCAAUGGUUUUGGAGCCUUUAGUCCAUUGCUUUAGUUGCAGUUUGACUUGUUGAAUAUGACCUCGGCUUGGUUUGUUAUAGGUUGCUGCAAGGAUAUUCCAGACAUCAGAGGACGUCUUUGACAUUGAGACGAGAGGCUGCACAGUGUCGGUCAGAGAUCCGAUGAGGCCACUGAAGAUCAAUCGAUCUUGUCUUUUCCACUUGGUGUAGUCUGGAUUUGCAGAGGACACACCAGCAACGACCACGGUGGGAGUUGGUGGUAAGACAGUUGAGUCAAUGAAGCUGGCUAGAUCAUAGCCAUCUAGGAGAGCCCAAACUUGUAAACUCCACAUCAUGUAGUUGCUGGAGGAGAGUUUGAUGAUGUUAUUCAUGUUGAUGUUAAGAAGCGUGGGUAUGGUGGGAUCAACAAUCUCGGCUGUUCUUGCAGACAUGAUGUCUGUGUUUUUGAGAGGAGAAGAUGAGAUGUACGAAGAAAAAAAAAGAAGAAGGAGGGGAGAGUCGGCGCUAAGAAGCGAGUAGAGCCGAGAAGAGAUGAGAAAGAAACAGGUUUUUAGGGUAUCGAUGUGGGCUCUGAUACCAUGUAAGAAGAGAUCUUUCUUAUUAUUCACUAAGGACAUUACAUGAGUAUUUAUAUGUACAAGAGAGGAGAGCUAGGUUUAGCUAAAUACAGAAGCUUCCUAAAGUGUACAAAAGAGUUAAUAAGACAAUGAAUGGGAGAAUAUUGAGUAUCCUUAACACUACCACUCUUGCACUCUCUAUCGACAAUCUGGAAGGAAGUAUUCCUAUCAAGUUCAAUGCUGGUGCAUCGCUUCAGACAUUUGAAGUUGGAUAUAACCGGCUAAACCGAGAAGCUUCCAAGGCCUCUUGUAAAGUACUGCUCUGUAGACUGUAGUGUUUCUUAAUCCUUGGAAACAGCAAAAUCAAUGACACAGUUCCUUUCGGCUCUACCAAAUUUGCAACUUUCUAUCUUUCAUUCAAACAAAUUUUAGGUCCUUUUAUCUCCUCGUCAUCAAGGUCCUUUGGGUUUCCCUGAGCCAUGAGAAUACUUGAGAUAUCUGACAAUAGAUUUACUGAAAACCUAUCACCAAACUACUUUUUUGGAUUGGAAGCAUUAUCAAUUACAAAUGAAUGAAGAUGGUGGUAUACAAAACGAUUGGUUGGUUACGAGAUGAUUUCCCACACCGGCAGACGACCAACUCCAUGAUGAAAUACAACAAAGGAAAACAUAUUGCAUGGCAACCUAAUCUUCCUUUGAAGAGAAUGCAUGGCACUGUGGUCUUCCUCUAUAAGAAAGUGUCUUUGAGACUUAACACACCCAUCAACAACACUAUAUGCAAGCAAGAAAUAGAAAGUAUGCAGUAGCAAUUUAAUAAAUAUAUAAAAUGAAAAAUCUAUUCCGACAUCCAUCAAUAGUACAAACAAACGAAAAUUAACUUCUUUGGCAAGAAACCUUAAAAUGCAGAAACACGCAAAAAGACUUUCACAGAAACAGAACAAAUGCCAUACAUAUACAAAAACUAGUGUCAUUAAUAGGUCAAAUGUAAUCGAUUUCAAAACGAACAGAAAGAAACAUCUUAUGUCUACGAAAUUAGUUUGCCUUUGGAAACUUAUUGUUACGCGAAUCCAAAGCUUUAUGUUUUACUCCAAAUCGAAAGCUUUCCGCAUCUUAGAGACUCUCAUUAUAUUGUACGAUAUGACUCAGUAUCUUAUUGUAUUUCUGGCUCAUAAGUACACAGACUACAAAACCUCCAGAAAUCUCAGUAAACAUCAAAGGAGAAAGAAGAAUCACAGAGAUGUAACUCGGCUAAUUCACACAUUUCUCCACACGACACCACACAUACCAAAUGAAGAUUCUUGUUCCCUUAGUGUGUGCUACGUGUAAGGUCUUCUGUUAGCCAAAACAUAACGUGACCGCUUUGUUUAUGACCAGGUCUGCGAUUUGACACUCCACUAACAUUAUUGCCAUGUCUUUAUGCUAAACUGAUUUAUGUAGUUUUGAACUUGUGUUAGAAAUUUCAAACUGAUGUCUUUCCAAUCCAAGUUUUUACUUUGUAUUUUUCUGUUAAACUAUUCCUAUCCACAGUUAUACGCUAUAAAAAUCAACCAACUUGGAUUUCAUUUCAGGAUUGAGUGGCAAUUAGCCACUUAACCAUACUGCACCUCAAGCCAAAAUAGAAAGAAUUCAACUUAGCUCUAUCUUCUUUCUAAGUCAAGUUGUAUGGGUGACAUAGCUCCAGUUGAAACCUACAUAUCUUUAUUUAUACCACCGAUCUUCUCUCUCACUUUUCUUACACCAAAAUACUUCUUCCUCAAUAAUUUUCAUAAAGACCUAGACCAUGUUUGAAUCCCGUUUGCGUUUGCAUUUCCUCUCUCUAAUCUUGCUCUGUUGUGUCUCCCCUUCAAGUUUCUACCUUACAUACGAUAGUACGAGUUAUGUUGCUUGUCAUCCCAAUCAGACUCAAGCUCUCACUGAGUUCAUGAAGGAGUUUGAUAGCAGCCAGUGCAACCUCAGCGAUCCCUCUAAUGGAGUCUGGUGCGAUAAAUCGACCACUGCUGUCACAAUGCUACGACUCACUGCCUGCCUCAGUGGAACGCUAAAUCCCAAUAGUAGCCUCUUCAGAUUACAUCAUCUUCGUCACCUUGUCCUCUAUCAAAAUAACUUCAUCUCCUCUUCCCUUCCUUGGGAAUUUGGCAAUCUCAGCAGGUUGGAGUUCUUAAAUCUUUCCAAUAAUAGUUUUUUUGGUCAAAUUCCUUCCUCAUUUAAUAGCCUAAGCCUUCUUUCCCUUUUAUCCCUUUCCCGAAACGAGCUCACUGGUAGUUUCCCACUUGUAAGGAAUCUAACGAAGCUUUCUUUUUUAAGCCUCUCUCAUAAUCAUUUCUCUGGAACUCUGAACCCAACAGUACUACCUACUAUGACGUUCUUAUCGAUUCUCGAUCUGAGCAGCAACAAUUUCAUCUGUUCUAUUGGAUAUCCAAACUCAUCUACCCCAUCUAGGCUCGAAAAAUUGUACCUUGGGAAAAACCUUGGAAAAAUCAUAGAGCCUAUCUCAAAGCUCAUCAACCUCAAGUUUCUUGAACUUUUUUUCCUUAACACAAGUUACCCGAUUAAUGUAAGCCUCUUUUCCUCCCUGAAAGAUUUGGUGGACCUAGACCUUUCCGGCAAUAGUAUAUCUCCGGAAAGUUUAGGUUCAAAGUCAGACAUUCCAACAAACUUGGAGAGUUUGAUGUUACAAGGCUGCGGCAUCACUGAGUUCCCAAAUCUGUUAAAGAUGCUUGGGAAGUUGGAGUAUAUAGACAUUUCGAGAAAUAGUAUCAAAGGGAAAGUGCCCGAGUGGUUAUGGAAGUUUCCUCGUCUAAACAUAGUGUUUUUAACAAAUAAUUUGUUUAAUGGCUUGGAAGGUCCAGUGGAAGUUUUGGUAAAUUCAUCGGUGGAGAAUUUAUUUAUGGAGCAAAACUAUUUUGAAAGAGCAAUUCCUAUUCUACCACUCUCUAUCAACGUCUUCGCUGCAUCAUCCAGUAGAUUCACAGGGAGCAUACCUCUUUCAGUCUGCAAUUAUAGGUCUCUCACGGAGUUGUGGAUACCUUACAACAACCUCACGGGUCCAAUUCCUCAAUGCCUGAGUAACUUGACGGUUUUGAAUCUCCAGAAGAACAAAUUGGAAGGAAGUAUUCCUGACGCAUUUUAUGCCGAUGCUUCUCUAAGGACACUUGACGUUGGACAUAAUCUACUUACUGGGAAACUUCCAAGAUCUCUUCAAAAUUGCUUCUCUCUCGAGUUUCUAGUUGUUGACCACAACCGAAUCAAAGACCAUUUUCCUUUCUCACUCAACGCUUUACCGAAUUUGCAAAUCCUUAUCCUGAGUUCAAACGAAUUCUACGGCUCUAUCUCUCCUCCUGAUUAAGGUCCGUUUCCAGAGCUGCGCAUAUUUGAGAUAUCUGAUAAUAAGUUCACUGGAAUCUUACCACCAAGGUAUUUUGUCAAUUGGAAAGCAUCGUCAGUUACCAUGAAUGAAGAUGGUGGUCUAUAUAUGGUACACGAGGAUAGUAGACAUAUCAAUACAGAUUAUAUAGAUUUGCGAUACAAAGGUAUCUCAAUGGAGCAAGGGAGGGUCCUUACUUCCUUCGCCACCAUUGAUUUUUCUGGGAAUAGAAUCGAAGGGCAGAUCCCUGAAUCAAUUGGUCUUUUGAAAGCACUUAUUGCACUCAACUUCUCAAAGAAUGCCUUCACAGGCCAUAUUCCUUUGUCUUUAUCCAAUCUGGAAAAGCUCGAGUCACUAGACCUAUCAAGCAACCAACUCUCAGGGACUAUUCCUAAUGGAAUUGGGAGCCUCUCGUUUUUAGCGUACAUAAAUGUGUCUUACAACCAACUCCAAGGUGAAAUACCACAAGGAACACAGAUCACUGGGCAACCUAAAUCUUCAUUUGAAGGGAAUUCAGGGCUUUGUGGUCUUCCUUUCCAGGAAACUUGCUUUGGGAUUAUUACACCUCCAACACAACAACUUUCGGAAGAAGAUGAAGAAGAAGAGGAACAAGUGCUGAACUGGAAAGCUGUAAUUAUUGGGUAUGGACCUGGAGUGUUGCUUGGACUGGCAAUAGCGCACAUCAUUGCUUCAUACAAACCUCAGUGGCUUGUCAAGAUAGUUGGUCCCAAUAUGCGCAGAAGCGGUUAGUAUUGUUUCAGUUUGAGUGUAAUCCUUGAAUGUAUGUCUGGUAGUUAAAUGCUCAUGUAUGCAAGCAUUUCUUUAUGUUUGUUUAUCUGUUUUAUUAUAUUUCUCCUUUUAUAAUGUUCCGAAGUCUCUUCUAUAUUUCUCCUUUUAUAGUUGUUGACCACAGCAUAAUCAAAUACAAGUUUCUUCUUUUGGCUCAAGGCUAUACAAAAUUUCCAAGUCCUUAUCCUCAGUUCAGACAAAUCUAUGGCCUGGAAGAUAACUGGUGCGACCGCAUAAACCGUUAUUUAGGAUUGUUUCAAUUAUAGCAUUUCCUUGUGUUUUUUUUUUGUGUGUGUAUCGUUAGAAUUGCUGCUGUCUGACUUUGAUCUUUCGUUGUUUGUCAACAAGUUGUAUUAAAGCAUUAUCUUAUGUUUGUUGUAUCUUAAUCAAAUAAUUUGCCUAA